AUGCAGAGGUCCCCCCUGGAGAAGGCGAACAUCUUCUCCAAACUUUUCUUCAGAUGGACAAAACCCAUUUUGAAAAAGGGUUACAGACGACGGUUGGAGCUGUCAGAUAUUUAUCAAAUCCCUUCUGCGGACUCUGCUGAUAAUCUUUCUGAAAAACUAGAAAGAGAGUGGGAUAGAGAGCUGGCAACUUCAAAGAAAAAACCCAAACUUAUUAAUGCUCUACGGCGAUGCUUUUUCUGGAAAUUUAUGUUCUAUGGACUAAUAUUAUAUUUAGGGGAAGUCACCAAAUCUGUGCAACCCUUGCUGUUGGGAAGAAUAAUAGCUUCCUAUGAUCCUGACAACUCUGAUGAAAGAUCUAUAGCCUACUACCUGGGCAUUGGCUUGUGCCUUCUCUUCCUUGUGAGAACACUACUCAUACACCCUGCUGUAUUUGGUCUUCAUCAUAUAGGAAUGCAAAUGAGGAUAGCUAUGUUUAGCUUGAUUUAUAAGAAGAUCUUAAAACUGUCAAGCAGGGUUCUAGAUAAAAUAAGUACUGGACAACUGGUCAGUCUUCUUUCCAACAAUCUGAACAAAUUUGAUGAGGGUCUUGCUCUGGCUCAUUUUGUAUGGAUAGCACCUUUACAAGUGGCACUGCUGAUGGGACUGCUCUGGGAUAUGUUAGAAGCUUCUGCAUUUUCUGGACUUGCUUUUCUAAUAGUCUUGGCCUUCUUCCAAGCCUGGCUGGGACAAAUGAUGAUGAAAUACAGGAAUAAGAGGGCAGGAAAGAUCAACGAGAGGCUUGUCAUCACCUCAGAAAUAAUUGAAAACAUACAGUCAGUUAAAGCCUAUUGUUGGGAAGAUGCAAUGGAAAAAAUGAUUGAAAGCAUCCGUGAAACUGAACUGAAGCUAACCCGAAAAGCUGCUUACAUGAGAUAUUUCAACAGUUCAGCCUUCUUCUUUUCAGGGUUUUUUGUGGUUUUUUUAGCUGUGCUUCCAUAUGCUGUGAUGAAAGGAAUUAUUCUCCGAAAAAUAUUUACCACCAUUUCCUUUUGCAUUGUUCUUCGAAUGACAGUGACCAGGCAGUUUCCUGGGUCUGUACAGACCUGGUAUGACUCUAUUGGAGCAAUAAACAAAAUACAGGAUUUCUUGCUGAAAAAAGAAUAUAAAGCCCUGGAGUAUAAUUUAACAACUACUGGUGUUGAGCUGGACAAAGUAACAGCUUUUUGGGAUGAGGGAAUUGGAGAGCUGUUUCUAAAAGCAAACCAGGAAAACAACAACAGCAAAGCUCCUAGCACUGUCAACAAUCUCUUCUUCAGUAAUUUUCCUCUUCAUGCCUCUCCUGUUCUUCAGGAUAUAAAUUUCAAGAUUGAGAAGGGAGAAUUAUUAGCUGUUUCUGGGUCUACUGGAGCAGGCAAGACUUCUCUUCUAAUGUUGAUAAUGGGAGAACUGGAGCCUUCACAGGGUAAAAUUAAACACAGUGGAAGGAUAUCCUUUUCACCUCAAGUCUCCUGGAUCAUGCCUGGAACAAUAAAAGAAAAUAUAAUUUUUGGAGUAUCCUACGAUGAAUACCGAUACAAGAGUGUCAUUAAAGCCUGCCAACUGGAAGAGGACAUUUCCAAGUUCCCAGACAAAGAUUAUACAGUGCUGGGUGAAGGUGGAAUCAUUCUGAGUGGAGGCCAGCGAGCACGAAUCUCACUAGCAAGAGCAGUGUACAAAGAUGCUGAUUUGUAUCUCCUGGAUUCUCCUUUUGGACAUUUAGACAUUUUUACAGAAAAAGAGAUAUUUGAAAGCUGUGUGUGCAAGUUGAUGGCGAAUAAAACGAGGAUCUUGGUUACUUCAAAACUGGAACAUUUAAAGAUUGCUGACAAAAUACUAAUUUUACAUGAGGGGAGCUGCUACUUCUAUGGAACAUUUUCUGAACUUCAGGGUCAACGGCCAGACUUCAGCUCAGAGCUGAUGGGAUUUGAUUCUUUUGAUCAGUUCAGUGCAGAGAGAAGAAAUUCGAUUCUAACCGAGACUCUCCGACGAUUUUCCAUUGAAGGAGAAGGCAUAGGAACAAGAAACGAAAUCAAGAAGCAAUCUUUUAAACAAACAUCAGAAUUUAAUGACAAAAGGAAGAACUCCAUCAUUAUUAAUCCUCUUCAUGCAAAUAGGAAGUUCUCAGUAGUGCAGAGGAAUGGAGUGCAGGUCAAUGGGAUAGAAGAUGGCCACAAUGACUCACCGGAGCCAAGGCUCUCCCUGGUACCUGACCUGGAACAGGGAGACGUAGGUCUGCUCCGGAAUAACAUGCUGAACACAGACCACGUGCUGCAAGGCCGUAGGAGGCAGUCUGUGUUAAACCUGAUGACAGGCACCUCUGUGAGCUACGGACCAAGCUUCCCCAAAAAGGGAAGUACAACAUUUCGGAAAAUGUCUAUGGUGCCUCAGACAAACCUGUCUUCUGAGAUAGAUAUCUACACCCGGCGCUUGUCUCGGGAUAGUGUGUUGGACAUAACUGAUGAGAUUAAUGAAGAGGAUUUGAAGGAAUGCUUUACUGAUGAUGCUGAAAGCAUAGGUACUGUUACCACAUGGAAUACCUAUUUCAGAUACGUUACCAUCCACAAAAACUUGAUUUUUGUUCUAAUCUUGUGUGUGACUGUCUUCUUAAUUGAGGUAGCUGCUUCCCUUGCUGGGUUAUGGUUUCUUAAAAAGACAGCUUUGAAAGCAAAUGCAACCCAAUCUGAAAACAGUACCUCCAACAAACCUCCUGUGAUUGUCACUGACACUAGUGCCUACUACAUCAUUUAUAUCUAUGUGGGAGUGGCAGAUACCCUGCUUGCCAUGGGAAUCUUCAGAGGUUUGCCCCUUGUGCAUACACUUAUAACAGUGUCUAAAACUCUUCAUCAAAAGAUGGUGCAUGCAGUUCUUCAUGCACCUAUGUCAACAUUCAACUCUUGGAAAGCAGGUGGUAUGCUUAACAGAUUCUCAAAAGAUACAGCAGUACUGGAUGACAUACUUCCACUUACAGUAUUUGACUUCAUUCAGUUAUUACUGAUUGUGAUUGGCGCUAUAACAGUAGUCUCAAUAUUACAACCCUACAUCUUCCUGGCAUCAGUGCCUGUGAUAGCAGCCUUUAUUGUGUUAAGGGCAUACUUCCUCCACACUUCUCAGCAGCUGAAACAACUGGAAUCUGAAGCUCGUAGUCCAAUAUUCACCCAUCUUGUUACAAGCUUAAAAGGACUCUGGACACUGAGAGCUUUUGGGCGACAGCCAUAUUUUGAGACCUUAUUUCACAAAGCCCUGAACCUACACACAGCAAACUGGUUCCUCUACCUGUCAACACUGCGCUGGUUCCAGAUGAGAAUAGAAAUGAUUUUUGUUGUCUUUUUUAUUGCUGUGGCAUUCAUAUCUAUCAUAACUACAGGUGAUGGACCAGGUAGAGUUGGCAUUAUUCUUACUUUAGCUAUGAACAUCAUGGGAACCUUGCAAUGGGCAGUAAACUCAAGCAUAGAUGUGGACAGUUUGAUGCGGUCUGUUGGACGUAUAUUUAAAUUUAUUGACAUGCCAACAGAAGAGAUGAAAAAUGUUAAGCCACAGAAGAAUAACCAGUUUUCAGAUGCCCUUGUAAUCGAAAACAGACAUGCAAAGGAGAACUGGCCAUCUGGGGGUCAAAUGACUGUGGAGGAUCUCACAGCCAAAUACAGUGAUGGAGGAGCUGCUGUGUUAGAAAACAUAUCUUUUUCAAUAAGUUCAGGGCAAAGGGUGGGCCUUUUAGGGAGAACUGGUUCAGGAAAAAGUACCUUACUUUUUGCAUUUUUGCGACUGCUGAAUACAGAAGGGGAUAUCCAGAUUGAUGGAGUCUCUUGGAGCACAGUCAGUGUGCAGCAAUGGAGAAAGGCAUUUGGAGUGAUUCCUCAGAAGGUAUUCAUAUUUUCCGGAACUUUUCGGAUGAAUUUGGAUCCUUAUGGGCAGUGGAAAGAUGAAGAAAUAUGGAAAGUUGCAGAGGAGGUUGGGCUGAAGUCUGUAAUUGAGCAGUUUCCAGGCCAGCUUGAUUUUGUCCUUGUGGAUGGAGGUUGUGUCCUCAGUCACGGUCACAAACAGCUGAUGUGCCUUGCCCGCUCAGUUCUCAGCAAAGCUAAAAUCUUGCUGCUCGAUGAACCAAGUGCUCACCUGGACCCUGUAACUUCUCAAGUGAUCAGGAAGACUCUGAAGCACGCAUUUGCCAACUGCACGGUGAUACUCUCUGAACACAGGCUCGAGGCAAUGCUGGAGUGCCAGAGAUUUUUGGUAAUCGAGGACAAUAAAUUGAGGCAGUAUGAAUCCAUUCAGAAGCUGCUGAACGAGAAGAGCUCCUUCAGGCAAGCCAUCAGCCACGCUGAUCGCUUGAGGCUGCUCCCAGUACACCACAGACACUCCAGCAAACGCAAACCCCACCCCCAAAUCACUGCCCUGCAGGAGGAGACGGAGGAAGAAGUGCAGGAGACGAGGCUGUGAGGCACGGUGUUGGCCCCUUCUUUGU